AUGCCUUCCAAGUCCGAUCAAAGCCGCAAGGAAUCCCUUGAAGUCCUGAGGGCUAGGCGAGCUGGCGAGAAAUGCGAUUAUAAAGGAUCGCAGGAUGACAUCUAUGAAACGGUCUCAGAAGAUGAGUACAAGUCGGUUGUGAAGGGACGAUUGGCCGAAGACGAUUUCAUCGAGAACGAUGAUGAUUCGGGUUACGUUGAACAGGGAGUGAUCGAUUGGGAUGAAGAAGAAGAAGAGGUCGACAAAACCGUGAUACCCGCAAAUAUUCACCGCAAAAGCCGAGAUCAACAGUCGACAACACAACAUUCGAGCUCAAGCACUCGUCCAACCUCGAAACUCCCUACCACAUCGCACAAGAACGCGCGCCCCGCAUCAGGUGCUCGAGGAAAAAAUGUGGCUAAGGAGCCUCCGACUCUGAAUGCUUAUCGGAAAACUAAAGAUGCUGUCGCUUCCGAAGGCUUUAUGGACAGUCUAUUGAGCGGACUCGGCCAAGGCACUUCAAAACCAUCCAGCGCCUCGCAUCUCCCUAAUCUCAGCUCUAUUCAACCAGGCCGACUGCAGGGCUCCGAGCAGACCUCCGAACAGAAGAAAAGAAAAAAUGUACCUAAUUACUCACGCCCUGGUCUUUCUCCAACCGCUCUACGCAACACUAGUCCUGAAAAGUCGAAUGGGAUACCCUCGUCAUCAUCGUCCUUCGGUGAUGAAGAUUUUGCCCGAACAGAAAGCUUGGGUGAUGGCUCCAGCGCUGGCGUCGGUGGAUUUCUCAGCAGUGAAGGAGUCGACGACGUUGAACGACAUUCCAAAAAACCUCGUAUCGCUACUUUGCACCAUGAUCUCGUGGACCUCAAGGUGGAAGACUUGGCUAUGGAUCUCAGCGAUGAAGAAAAUUUAGACAUGCGUUUGGAUGAUUUGAAAACAGACCCCACCUCGACCUCGACCUCCAUCCCCACAGUAUCUUGCAAACUAGUUCCUAAAGUUGGAAAACAUGGGAAGAACAGGCGUCAACCACUCGGUGGCGCUGUGGUCGCAUCCGACCGGCACUUACCCUCUCAAGAUAGUACCAAACCGAUGGAACCCUCUAAGCCUCAAGGUCUGAAUUGGCAGAAAGCACUUCAAGCUCUGCCCACAGUCUCUAAUAUCGACCCCAGUACUGACGCUCAUCUCAAAGCACUCAUCGAGGACAGUGAAGACAAACCACCGUCAGCUGACACCCCUAACGCCGUCGUUGUGGCUCCGACUGAGAUAGACCUUUCAGAAACUACGGAAUUCUUGGCCAACAUUCCUCGCAAAAGCAAAGUUUCCAAACCCCCACGGAUAACAAAAAAAGCGCUCGCACAAGCGGAAGCCGAUCGACACUUACCCAAACCCGUGAAAGUCGAUGCUUUUGUUCCUACAGAUCCACAGAAAACCGACAAGGCCGUUGACACGCCAACCGAGACUAGUGAAGGAAAUCAGCUCAAGUUCUUCUGGCUAGACUAUCAAGAACUCGAAGGUGUCAUCUAUCUUUUCGGGAAGGUUUUUGAUCAGUUAUCGUCGAAGUAUAUCGCUUGCUGUGUGAUUGUCGAAGGGAUGGAGCGCAACCUGUUCGUUCUACCUCGGCCUACCAUGACAGACGAGGAUGGAAUCGAGGUAAAACCCACGGAAGAUGAUAUUUAUGACGAAGUCGAGACGAUUCUAGAAAAUCACCAGAUUAACGAGUUUAAAGCAAAGAUGGUCGAACGCCAAUAUUGCUUUGAGGAGAAAGAUAUCCCCGCCAACUGCGAUGAGUGGCUCAAAGUCGUAUACAGUUACACCAAGCCUCCCAUUGCGCGGCUUACAACUGGCAAAACCUUCAGCAAGGUUUUUGGAACUGGAACCAGCGCUUUCGAAUUAUUCCUCUUAAAGCGUAAAAUCAUGGGGCCUUGCUGGUUGGAUGUUCAAGGCGCAUUCCCUAGUACACGAGCUACACCCGCAUCCUGGUGCAAACUCGAAGUUGUAGUCAAGGACCCAAAACUGAUCAACCCACUUAGCGAUGCCGAUCCCACCGCGAAAGAGAUUCCUCCUCUUAACAUCAUGAGUCUUAGUAUCCGGGAUAUCAUGAACCACAAGGAUAAUAAGAAAGAGAUUGUCUGCGUUACAGCACGCAUGUGGCAAGAAGCUAACUUGGAAGACACGACACCGAUUGAACAGCAAUCAUCGGUGGUGAAAACCUUUGUGAGGCCCUUAGCUUCCUUUCCCGCCGGUACUCACGAGGCCUGCCGUCGAACAAUGCCACCCAUAACGCCGGUAAAAGAAGAGCACAUGCUACUAUCUAUUCUACUCGGUACAAUCAACUCUUACGAUCCGGAUAUCAUCGUAGGGUAUGACUUGGCAAGUGUCGCAUUGGACGUCAUUUUACACCGUAUGCGAGACCUCAAAACCUCGCACUGGUCUAGAAUCGGUCGGAUGCGCAGAGAAAAGCUUCCAUCGCUACGUACCGGCGGAUUUAACAAUCACCUACUAACCGGCCGCCUAGUGUGCGAUCUUAGCAGCGAUGGUUUCAAGUCGAUGGUCACCUCAACUACAUGGUCGUUGACAGAACUCUGUCAGAAAUAUCUGCAGAUAUCUCGAGAAGACAUCGAUCCCGAUGAAAUAGUCAAUUUCUUCGAUUCGACUUCUGCUAAACCCGAUCGUAUCAUCAAUUUCAUCAAGCACUGUGAAGCCGACUCGUACUUCCAGAUGGCUCUGAUCAACAAAGUCCAGUAUCUAAGCUUAACGAAGCAACUUACUAAUUUGGCUGGAAAUAAUUGGAAUUCUACUUUGCAUGGAGGUCGUGCCCAAAGGAACGAAUUCAUCUUGCUUCACGAGUUUCAUCGCCAGAAAUUUAUAUGCCCAGAUAAGUUGAGCUUUAACGACCGAAAAGCAUUGGCCGCAGCUACAAACAUGGCAGGAGACCAGGGCGAAGGUAAAGGCGGUGGUAAAGCUGUCAAGAAGGACAAAUAUAAAGGGGGUCUUGUAUUCGAGCCCAAGCGAGGAUUGUGGGACAAGUUUAUCCUAGUGAUGGACUUCAAUUCCUUGUAUCCCAGCAUUAUACAGGAGUAUAACAUCGACUUCACCACCGUCAAUCGUGCCGGUUGCGACGAUGAUGAAAACGACCAAAUUCCCGAUCUUCCUCCGGCUGAAAUGAAGCAAGGAAUUCUCCCUAGGCUGAUCGCCACGUUGGUCAAUCGUCGACGGGAAGUCAAGAAGCUGAUGAAAGCCCCAGACACCCCUGCAUCAAAGAUAGCACAGUAUGAUAUUAAGCAAAUGGCUCUUAAGUUGACUGCAAACUCGAUGUAUGGAUGUCUUGGUUUCGAAGGGUCCAGAUUUUAUGCGAGGCCUUUAGCAGCAUUGACGACAUCGAAAGGACGAGAAAUCUUAACCAACACCCGAGACUUGGCUGAGAGUCAGAAUCUUGACGUAAUAUACGGAGACACUGAUUCAGUCAUGAUCAAUACCAACGCCUUGGACUUCGCAGCUGCCAACAAGAUCGGCAAUGAAUUCAAAAAACUAGUAAACGAACGGUACAAACUCCUUGAAAUCGACAUUGAUGGUGUAUUUGAGCGGAUGUUGCUGCUGCAAAAAAAGAAAUAUGCAGCUUUGAAAGUUGAUGCGAUGACUCAGGCUCGAAUCGUCGAAGUCAAAGGCUUGGACAUGAAGCGAAGAGAGUACUGCAAAUUGUCGAAGGAUGCAUCUCAGUACAUCCUUGAGCAGGUAUUAUCAGGUUUAUCGACAGAACUUGUUGUAGAGAAGAUUCACGAGUAUCUUACCGAACUUGGGCAAAAUGUCAAAGAAGGCAAAACGGAUUUAGACGACUUCAUUAUCCACAAAAAACUCGGUAAAGACCCCAAGGAUUACCCGGACGUCAAGUCACAGCCGCACGUUCAAGUUGCGCUACGAAUGAAACUGAAGGGCAAUACGACCCCCAAGGCGGGCGAUGUUAUACCUUAUAUAUUCUGUCUUGGGGAAGACAGUAGCUCCAGCACUCGAUCAGCUCAAGCAGAUAAAGCCAGACACCCGGAUGAUUUGCGUCGUGCGGACACCCCUUGGAAAAUUGACUACGACUAUUACUUAUCUCUGCAGGUUUUACCACCGAUUGAGCGUAUGUGCGACUCUAUUGAAGGCACCGAUCGCUGUAGACUGGCAGAAUGUCUUGGUCUGGACCCCUCUCGUUUCAAGAAUAUCGCCACCUCUGGCCCAGAUUCACAAAGAGAGUUCCACACCCUGGAUUCCCAAAUCCCCGAUUCGGAACGGUUUUCAGGCACUUCAGCAUUCCAAGUUAGGUGUCGACAUUGUAAUGGAAAGUUCGAGUUCAAAGGUGUGCAAGGCGAAAUGGCGCGUAUGAUAUCACUCAGCGGAAUAAAUUGUCCGAAUUUGGAGUGUCGCAAAGCGCUUGGGGUUCCAUCGAUGGCGACACAGUUAGAAGUUCAGAUUCGAGAUUUUAUCGGCAAGUUUUACGAGGCUUGGUUAGUUUGUGAUGAUGCAGCCUGUAGAAAUCGAACGCGCAUGAUGUCGGUUUAUGGGCGCAAAUGCUUGAACACAAGUAUGGGAUGCAGAGGCCAGAUGAGCUACGAAUACACCGAUAAGAUGUUAUACAACCAAUUGUUGUAUUUUCAUGGUCUGUUUGAUUCUUCAAAAGCUCAAAGCAAGUUCAAGGAGGGUACGCCCGAAUCAGAUGCGAUAGCGAAGAUUUUACAAGCAAACCAACAAGCUCUUGGCACACUACAAGGCAUCGUCAAUCGAUACUUACAAAAGAACGCUCGAAGAUUUGUGGCUAUGGAGUCCCUCUUUUCUUUCAUGACAAUCAGAGGCCUCUAG